AUGCCUGAACCAGCAAAGUCCGCGCCCAAGAAGGGCUCCAAGAAAGCCGUCACCAAAGCCCCCGGAAAAGGCAAAGGGAAGCGCAGGAAGAAGAGGACAGAGAGCUACGCCAUCUACGUGUACAAGGUACUGAAGCAGGUCCACCCCGACACCGGCAUCUCGUCCAAGGCAAUGAGCAUCAUGAACUCCUUCGUCAACGACAUCUUCGAGCGCAUCGCCUCCGAGGCGUCUCGUCUGGCUCUCUACAACAAGAGACGCACCAUCUCUUCCAGGGAGAUCCAGACCGCCGUCCGCCUCCUGCUGCCGGGUGAGCUGGCCAAGCACGCCGUGUCUGAGGGCACCAAGGCCGUCACCAAGUACACCAGCUCCAAGUAAAAUGCUUCAGUAGAAACUUUCUGUCGCCACCAAAACGGCUCUUUUAAGAGCCACCCACUCCUUCUUAAGAGCAAACCACAAUUUUUGACAUGGUUCAUACAGUUACUAGAUCACAUUAGAAUUAUUUGUUGGAGUUUAGGUUGUAUUUGAAGUUAACCACAUCUCUAACAUCCGUGCAAAAGGAAUAGUUAAAUUUCAAAGUUAGAAAAUUUGAUCAAAAACA